AGCCAAUCUGUUGGACGGUUCGUGUCCUCAAGAUGAACCUCAAGAUGAACCUCAACAAUUGUACCACGAGAUGGAGAUGACAGAGAGAUUGUCGGUGGAAACUAAAGAUUCUCUAGGGUAUCAAAUUUGUGUUUAUUAAAACAAUUACCAUAGUUAUUUAUUAAAUAUUUGGUUCAAGUCCGUCUCUAAAGGUGUUGAAAAUAGCGAUGCACACAAGCUGUGAUCUACACAAGCGCUCCAAAAUUUAAUAACUGUAGGAUUUCCCUUUGGAGACAUGGCUUGCAACAACAAGAAAUUUGAAUGUACAGUAAUGUCGCUAAUGUGCUGCGAAUAAGAUGCUGCAAAUGUCCCAUAUCCAUUUCUCCCGAAGACGGACUUGAACCAAGUCUAAAGCUUUGGUCAAUUGAAGAUGAGAUUUAAUGAUAGUUCCCAGUUACAAAUUGUAACAGCGAACAUUUCACGCUCUAAAUUAACAAAAUAAAGGUUUAAUGAGUGUUCCUAUUACGUUUCAACUUAAAUAAAAUACAUGAUAUAGUGUUGGGAAAAGAUUUAAGAAGAGCUAACCAAGACUGCACUACUGAAAACUCUCAUGCAUGAUCAUGCACUCUCGUCCUGGUUUGUUUCUGAACUUAACUCUACCUGUCCAGGGUGUGACAAUUUGUGUACUUUACGUGGGGUACUUUUUUGUUUUCAGUCACGUGCCACUUAUGUACGCGGAACUCUUGCUAUCUGCGUACUUAUUUUUUGCUGGUACCACAUGACCUUUCCAAGUCCAAGGUAUUCAAUACCGUGAUUUAGUUGGUAUAUCAUGUGUCUGAGAUGUCUUGACAUGAAACAUGAUUGCACUGAUGGCGCUAAGAAACGUUGCAGUCGAUUGUUUGUUUUUGCAAUUGUGCUUCUUUUUCUACCUGGUAGUAUGAAUGUACUUUUCAGAAACCUGUACUUUAUGAACCUUAUUUUAAAGACUAAGUACACAUUAGGGCCAUUUAUACGGAACAAAAUAAGACGCGACUUACAUAAGACGCGACUUAGGUAAGACGCGAGUUUGUCGUAUAAAAGGUACAAAAUUCUUAUGUAAGACGCGUCUUGGAUAAGACGCGUCUUACAUAAGAACAGGUCUUUUAGCUGUUCUUAUUUAAGUCGCGUCUUAAACAAGAAAUUUUGGACAAAAAGUCUAACUACACAUGCCAGAAACUUGAAACAACGUAAAAUUUAAUGCCUUGCAUAUUAAAACAAAAACAACCAAAACAACAUUAUAGCUAUAGCAAAUAAAUAAGACCAAAGCCGUAGAGAACCAUUUAUGCGAUAACUCCACUUAUUUAAGUCGCGUCUUAUGUAAGUCGCGACUUAUUUUGUCACGUAUAAAUGGCCCUAUUAGGAGCGCUAUUAGGGCCAUUUAUACGAGACAAAAUAAGACGCGACUUACAUAAGACGCGACUUAAAUAAGACGCGAGUUUGUCGUAUAAAAGGUACAAAAUUCUUAUGUAAGACGCGUCUUGGAUAAGACGCGACUUAAAUAAGAACAGGACUUUUAGCUGUUCUUAUUUAAGUCGCGUCUUAAAUAAGAAAUUUUGGACAAAAAUUCUAUAACUACACAUGCCCGAAACUUCAAACAACGUAAAAUUAUUAGCCUUGCAUAUUAAAACAAAAACAACCGAAACAACAUAAUAGCUAUAGCAAGUAAAUAAGAAUAAAGGCGUAGAGAACCAUUUAUGCGAUAACUCCGCUAAUUUAAGUCGCGUCUUAUGUAAGUCGCGUCUUAUUUUGUCUCGUAUAAAUGGCCCUAUUGAGUACUAAGUUUGUACUAGCGCAAGUACGCGGCAACAACCAUUGACGUACCAGUCAGGUACGACUAAAAAUAUGUAAUUAUCACACACUGCUGUCCAACACAAUUUUGAACAUGUGGACUGUACACACACAACAUUCAUGUCAUUUUAGAUCAUGAUAAAAACCAGGGAUUCUGCCACCCCUAAUUCUGGACCCCUCAUCCUAACCUGAAAUGAGAUAUUUAUAUGUACUAAUCUGUCCUGCCAGUUACCAUGUAUAUAGCGCUGCAGUUGUCUACACCACUUCAGGGCGCGAAAUAACGGCUGGAGGGUUGCCGGUCGAGGUGACCCGCCAACUUAAUUUUAACUCGGACAUACCGAAUUUCUGGCCGGUCAAGUUAUUUGACAGCUUAAAGCAAAGCCUAGUAAAGUAUACCCCUAAAAACGUGACUAUUUUCCCAGUAUAGCAUUAUGAAAAGCCUUAUUGUAAUCAGUAAUUAAAAACUCCUUCACAUAAAACAGCUUGCACUGCUAUAAAAGCAUGGCCUUAACUCUUAAGCCAAAAGCAUGGCCGUGGGCUUUGUGACGUACUGCGUGGGAAAGCUGGCGUACAUUGAAGUUUUUUUCUCGCACAAUAUUCGACAACAUGUUAUGGUUCUUAAUUACAAUACUUGAUAACUUUAUUUUGAUUAUUAAUUCAAACGAAGAUUAGUUUGUUGUUUUACCGAAAGUGAGCGGUCAAAAUGACCGGCAAGGUAAGAAUUUGACCGGACAACUCCGCAUUCUGGCCGGACAUUGUCCGUUGACCGGUCAUUAUUUCGCGCUUUUCAAACACCAGAACUCCCUUUUCAACUGCCAGAACUUGGUUUUCAAAUGCCAAAACUCCCUUUUCAAAUGCCAGAACUCCCUUUUCAAAUGCCAGAACUCCCUUUUCAAAUGCCAAAACUCCCUUUUCAAAUGCCAGAACUCCCUUUUCAAAUGCCAGAACUCUCUUUUCAAAUGCCAAACUGCCCUUUACAAAUGCCAGAAGUACCUUUUCAAACGCCGGAAGUACCUUUUCAAACGCCAGAACUCCGUUUUCAAACGCCAGAGCUCCGUUUUCAAAUGGCAGAACUUGGUUUUCAAAUGCCAGAACUCCCUUUUCAAAUGCCAGAACUCCCUUUUCAAAUGCCAGAACUCCCUUUUCAAAUGCCAGAACUCCCUUUUCAAAUGCCAAACUGCCCUUUACAAAUAGCAGAACUACCUUUUCAAACGCCGGGAGUACCUUUUCGAACGCCGGAACUCCGUUUUCAAACGCCAGAAGUACCUUUUUAAACACCAGAACUCUCUUUUCAAAUGCCAGAACUUGGUUCUCAAACGCCAGAAUUCCGUUUUCAAGGUACUUGGCUACUGAACAUUUUCAACAUAGCUAUUAAUAUACCAGGUGGAAUUUUUAAAAAUGAAUGAAAUAGCCCAACAAAUUAUUUUAAUACCACAAAUGUUUUAUGAAAAGAAAUUUUACAGUAAUUAAUAGAGCAUCUUCUCUUCAAAGCUCUGAAGAUGUUAUACAACGAGACAUUAACUAAUGAAAUUUCUUUUUAUAAAAUAUGUCUGAUCAGUUUAGCCUUUUAAGAGCAAUGUGACCUAAUGCACCCCAGUUUAUUAUUUUACUCUGUCAAAUACCAGUUUUUUUCUCUGACUAACGCCAGACGAUUUUACUCGUCAGAGGGAGAGAGCUGCAAGCCGGCAAUGGUGGAUUAAAGUAUUUGCUGGACUUUUUUGCUUGUUUUCAAAGGCAUCAACUAUUUCGCUGACCUCAGAAUGACAUUUCGUCAAAACUUUUUUCUUCAAGAUUGGUUUAGAAACAAACUUGGAGUAGGGUUGGGUAACGGUAAGGAUUAGGGUUAGAGUUAGUGUUUGGAGUAGAAUAGUGUUAGUAAAACCGUUGCUUUGUUACGUUUUGUCACUUUGAGGCCAGUGAAAUAAUCUCUUCCGUUUUCAACACGAAUUCUGAAUUUUUGUUUAGAUGUAUCAAUAUUAGUGGAUCAACAAGAUAUAUACUUGCAGCUGUUGUGGCCUCUCUGGGAGGAGUAUUGUUUGGAUAUGAUUUAGGUAUGAAGAAAUACAAUUCUGUAUCUGUUACAAAUAUAGGCUAUUUCAAUAGCACGAAAAGCACAUUGUGGGUAUAAAAAUGAGUGAGUGUAUGUAAUGCAGCUUAAUGGGUUUAACAAUUUCACUCGUCUAUAUAGAGGAUAGUCAUAAUGGGUCAAAAUCGGCGAACAGUUUCUUUUGCAUCUUUGGAACCAUUUACAAUGUAUUAUUAUUCACGUUCUAGGCAUUGUGUCAGGUGCUAUGCUACAGUUAAAACAAGAAUUUGAACUGGAUUGUCAACAGCAAGAAAUGAUUGUCAGUUCCAUGUUGUUCGGGGCUUUGCUUGCCUCAUUAACAGGAGGUUGGUCAUUCACUAUAAUCUUAUCAAACAGUGUACUAUGUUAUACAUUGACCCUGCUAUAGUAGCAAUACAUCCCAAUGUGCCCUACUUCACCACUUUGCUCUGUCUAAUGCCAGACGAUUUUACUCGUCAAGGAGGAAAGCACUGAAUGCCGCUCAAAUGGGUUAAACUAGUUUCUGAUGUCAAACGAUUUCAGUCAUCAAUGAGAGAGUAUGGGUAUGGCAUUAACCCAUUGAGUGCCAGCUUUUUCAGCUAAUGCACCAAGAAAAAAUGUACAAAAAAGAUGGCAGUAAUUCUAAUACUCAGUCAUAAAUUAUUUUCUUAGCCUUACUGUAGUAAAAAUAUUCCUGUUUUGAGGGCAGCAACUGUACACGUAAAAAUGCACAAGUUGUAACAAACCUGCAGCAGACUUGCAGUAAUGCUGUUCCAACAACUUGUCAACAGAAUGUGUUCGCACUGCUUGUUCCCAGCUUGUUGACAAGUUGUCAACGGCUUGUUGACAACUUGCUACAAGGUUGUUGAUCUCAAACAGAGUUAUCGUUCCGCCUGCAGUUCAACAGAGUUCAACAGUUUGUAGCAACUUGAUAAAAUAACCGCAUUGUCACAAAUUGUUGACAAGCUUGCUACAAGGUUGUUGCAAACACAUCUUGUUGACAAGUCGUGAGAUUUUUAUGUGACAGUAAAGGAUUAGAUAGAUAGAUAGAUAGAUACUAAGAUAGAUAUAUAUAUAUAUAUAUAUAUAUAUAUAUAUAUAUAUAUAUAUAUAUAUAUAUAUAUAUAUAUAUAUAUAUAUAUAUAUAUAUAUAUAUAUAUAUAUAUAUAUAUAUAUAGAUAGAUAGAUAGAUAGAUAGAUAGAUAGAUAGAUAGAUAGAUAGAUAGAUAAUUAGAUAAUUUAUUUUUACUCUUUCAUUACAUAGUGCGAAUUUUGAACAACAAUUAGAAAUACAUAAAUUAGAGUAAAGACUACUUAUAAUAAUGAUAUAAAAGCUGAUCAAGUUAGAUAGCACUUAGAUUAUGAAAGCCCUGAAUACUUCCCCUAAUUUUUUCAGAAUAUGAAACAGGUAGCCCUGGAUAUUAUGUUUCUAUUAUUACAGGGUACAUCAUUGACUACCUUGGUCGCAGACGGACAAUACUAAUCAAUGCGUUUGUUUUCUUCGCUGGAGCUCUUCUGCUGGCCCUUGCACCAUCUUAUGCUUUACUUGUAAGUUUGUUUAAAAUCUAUUUUGCAUAAUAUUCUGUAUCUUUGCAUGGUGUAGACAUCGUAGGGCUUUCACAGGUAGGGAAAAAGUUUUAAACCAUGGAACAACUGAGGUUUAUCGUCGUUUUUUCAGGCCCGUACUGUAGGAAUUAUAUUAUUUUACUACAUUUGAAGAGUAAUGGUUUCUUCCUUGUUGACCAAGAGCAUAUGUCCGUUUGUACGAUGUGAUAAGAGCUGUCGAUACUCACCCCGGAUAUUAAACUGAUGCAGCAAUUUACCAGUGUCUGAGAAAUAGAAGAUCGUAGUAGUUGCGGUAUUUGCAAGAUUUCUACGAUGUAAACUGACAAGAGUUGUUUCAUUGACAUGAUUAAAGACUGCACUCGGGACAGCAAACACGCCCCAGUUACGUUCAACGGGUACUUGCACUUUACGUUGUAACGUACCAUCGAUUGUAAUGAUGUACAAGAAGUGUUUAUUAUUUCGAUUCUCACCAGCGUUGUGAAAAAGAAAAAUGAUUUCAUUUUUAUUGGAAACAGUAAAGCUAUAAUGGUAUAACUUGCCGGGAUAUGUAUCGUUGAAUGGAAAAGGAAAUUUGUAGUCUUGCCUGGUGUUUGUGCUGUCGCAGAUAUACAUACUU